GUUUUUAUUCAGUAGGAGGUUGAACUUCUUCCUCAUUCACUUACUGUACUGUACAUCUUCACUUGCUAGACGAGAUGAAGGAACCGGCAUAGAAAAGUGCUUUAGUGGGUCAAAGAAAACUUCUCUGAUGAUCAACAUCUUGAAAGGCGUUCGUGGAUUAAAUUAACUUUGACCCGGGUUUUUAUCAUGGGCUGCAUUGGCACCAAACCAGACCAGGAUUCAGGUGGCAAAACUGUGGGCAACGACAUGGGCAACCGCAAUCAGACGGCACACUAUGUCAAAGACCCUACGACAGGGAGCAAGGCUGUAAGUAACAAAUCCAGCCCUAUUCCUCCUUCCUCAAGCGCAGAUGAUUUUGAGAAAACUGCGAUAGCGCUCUUUGACUAUGAAGGGUUGCACGAUGGAGACCUGGGCUUUAAAAAAGGAGACAAGUUAAAAAUAUUAGAAGAGUCGGGUGAAUGGUGGAAAGCAAUGUCUAUAAGCACUGGCCAGGAGGGCUACAUCCCCAGUAACUACGUAGCUAAAGACACACUUCAAACUGAAGACUGGUUCUUCACAGGAGUGAGCAGGAAAGAUGCAGAGAGACAGCUUCUGGUCUCUGGAAAUAAAGUGGGCUCUUAUAUGAUCAGAGACAGUGAGACCACCAAAGGAAGCUACUCACUGUCAGUAAGAGACUAUGACCCUCAAACAGGUGACACAGUGAAGCAUUACAAGAUUCGUACGCUAGACAGCGGAGGCUUCUACAUUUCACCUCGAAUCACAUUUAUCACCCUGCAAGAGCUUGUCAAUCAUUACAAGAAGCAAGGAGAUGGACUGUGUCAGGCACUCACGACCCCCUGUAUCAGUGCCAAACCCCAGAAGCCAUGGGAAAAGGAUGCCUGGGAAAUCCCACGAGAAUCCCUCAAGCUGGACAAAAAGCUGGGAGCUGGACAAUUUGGAGAAGUUUGGAUGGCCACAUACAACAAGCACACCAAGGUGGCUGUGAAGACUAUGAAGCCGGGCAGCAUGUCUGUGGAGGCAUUCCUGAUGGAAGCAAACCUUAUGAAGAGCCUCCAACAUGACAAGCUGGUCCGUCUCAAUGCUGUAGUUACCAAAGAAGAGCCCAUCUACAUCAUCACAGAGUUUAUGGAGAAAGGCAGUUUAUUGGAUUUCCUCAAGAGUGAUGAAGGAAAUCGUCUCCAGUUACCCAAACUGAUAGACUUCUCUGCACAGACAGCAGAAGGCAUGGCCUACAUUGAACGAAGGAACUACAUUCACAGAGACCUUCGGGCUGCCAACAUUCUGGUUAAUAAGAGUCUGGUGUGCAAAAUUGCUGACUUUGGUUUGGCACGUAUCAUAGAGGAUAAUGAAUAUACUGCCAGAGAGGGUGCCAAAUUCCCCAUUAAGUGGACUGCGCCAGAAGCUAUUAACUACGGCUCCUUCACCAUCAAAUCAGAUGUGUGGUCCUUCGGGAUUCUGCUCACUGAGAUUAUCAGUUACGGCCGAACACCUUACCCAGGCAUGACGAACCCAGAGGUGAUUCGUUCUCUAGAGAGAGGGUAUCGCAUGCAGCGCACGGACUCAUGUCCUCAGGAGCUGUAUGACAUUAUGCUAGAGUGCUGGAAGAACAAGCCAGAAGAUAGGCCAACCUUUGAGUAUCUUCAGAGCGUGCUGGAGGAUUUCUACACGGCCACGGAGAGCCAGUAUCAACAGCAACCCUGAGAUAACACACACAGUUAGGCCAGGCACAUACAGCAAGUGCACCUGCAUUAAUAUCCAAUGCAAAUGUUCAGUGUGAGAGAAUGACAAUGAAUUAACUUAGAAUGCAAUCUUAAUUUAAUCCUGCAAAGCCUUUUACCUAAUUUACAGUGUAGCAUAUGAUUGCACAAAAUUGUACAAAGUCAUAAUUUAUGUAUGGAAUUGUUGAGGAUUAGUGUCUUUUGAGAUUUUGAUAUUUCUAAGCUGUUCUUCUGGCUCUUAUUUCUUUAACGGGUUUAACUGUGUGAAUUUAAGAAGGUUAAGUUCCAUGGUUUGACAUGCUUAGUCAAACUGAUUCAUUAAAAGAUCCUGAACAUUAUGAAUUUGAAUUAGUUCAAGUUAUGCGGUUCAAUUUGUCUUGUUUUAGUGUUUAUAUAAAUUAUAUUUUAAUCCCAGUCCCACCCGCUGACUUUUCAUCCCAAUUGCAUUGUGCGAAUUGUGAAUUUGCAGUUUGUUUGAAAGGUUUAUAUAAAAUAUUUCAAAAUUGCAACCUAUAUUAGGUUGAAACUGCCUGAAAUGAACUUGUUUGGUAUGUAAGUCUUCAUCAUAUUACUGCAUUUUUUUUAUAUGAAAUUAAUUAUUUCCAUAAUUAUAUGACUGUCCUGUUUAACCAUACACUUAUGAAUUCAUACUCCUUCUGAUCUCAUCUACCCGUACCAUUUUAUUCAAUGCUUCUUUAUUCAAACACCUGUGCAAUAAGAGCAAUUUAUUAUAUAAAUCUUUCUCAAAUUCAUUUAAACAUAUAAACCUGAUAUAUUGCCUAAAUGUCUGCUGUUCUAAAUAUUUGUAAUUAUUUUGGUUAAUUCUGCAUCUCAUUUCUAAUUUAACUUGAAAACAGAAUCAAAGAGAUAAGAUAAAUAUUGAAUUAUCCAAAACAAUUAAAAAGGUUCUAGCUUUAGAUUUUGUAUGUGUUUAUACCUUUUCUAUAAGCUUAUUAAAUUAAUCACUCGUGUGAUUUUUAUUUUAGGUUUUCCUUUCAUGACCAAUGUUAUAUGUGUGAACUGAUUUAACAAUUGCCCUUUUUCUAUUUAUUAUAAUAGAUUUUAGUUGUUUUUUUAAAGCAGUUUUUUAAAACAGCUACAAACAAAUAAAACUGUUAAACAUU